CCUGUAAUACGAAACCAAUAAACUUGUGUUAUCCAUAACAAUAACCUAUCAUUACUUCUCUAAUCAACACAUAUCUGGUUCCAUUUCGGUCCCGGGCUCGUUAGCUCUGACUUGGAUUUGAAAAUCAUUGAUUUGAAGGAACAGGUGAAAACAACAUGGUGGUGAUGAGUGACUUUCUUGGGCUAUUCAGGGGAUAGAUUGAGCCAUGACUAUACGUGACUUAGGUUACUUAGCUACUACAUGAGUUCUUGAGAAUGGAACCCAAAAAGAAAAUAUUUUCCCCUAAAGGUGGCAAGAAGUUAAUACAGAAAGGAAAAGAAGGUACAGGUAAACCGGGGACCAAACCAACAGGCAAAUCACCAAGGAAAAGGCCAUUUAAACCCCACAGUGGAGAAAAGGGCAAGACGUUUGAGAAGACUGGCGGAAAGGGGGCUCCAAAGAAAUUCUUGAACAAAAAACCCACAGAUGGAAAGUACAUCAAACCCACAGAUGGAAAGUUCACCAAAAAGCGAAAAUUCAUACCUGGGAAGGCCAAGGAAGAGGAAGGUUCCGAGGCCAAGAAGCCCAAAUGGGACGAGUUCAAACAGCAGAAAAAGGAGCUGAAACAGAACCGGCAGCAGACUGAAAAAAAGGAGAGUUAUCAAAUAGUGAGCAGAGCCAAGCAAGUGUGGGAGAUGGUCAGAAGGAAAGAUUGCGACAAAGAGAAGAGGAUCAAACUCAUGAAAGAGCUUCAGGAACUUGUGAAAGGAAAGAUAAAAACAAUAGCAUUUGCUCACGACUCCACCAGAGUCCUCCAGUGUUUCAUCCAGUUUGGGACCGACAAGCAAAGACAGGAGGUUUUUGAUGAACUCAAAGAUGAUAUGGUCGAGCUGAGUAAAUCAAAGUAUGCCCGAAAUAUUGUGAAGAAGUUUUUAAUGUAUGGGAGCAAAGAGCAGGUUGCGGGUGUGAUGGUGGGCUUCAAGGGGAAAGUGAGGCAGAUGCUGCGUCACUCGGAGGCGUCGUCGGUGGUGGAGUAUGCUUACAACGACAAGGCCAUCCUCUCCCAGAGACUCAUGCUCACCGAGGAGCUCUACGGAACCACAUUCCAAGUCUUCAAGUCGGCAGUGUGCCCCACGCUAGAGAAGGUGCUGGAGGCGAACCCAGACAAGGUUAAUGGCAUUUUGGAGGAGAUGAAGCAGAUCCUUACCCCCAUGGCCACAAAAGAGGCUGUGAUCAAACAUUCUCUGGUGCAUAAAGUGUUUCUGGACUUCUUCCUGCAUGCCCCAGCCAAACAGAGGACUGAAAUGAUUGAGUCAAUAAGGGAGUCUGUGGUGUAUAUGGCCCACACUCACGACGGAGCUAGAGUAGCAAUGCACUGCCUGUGGCAUGGGACACCUAAGGACAGAAAAGUCAUCAUUAAAACCAUGAAGACCUACAUGGAGAAGUUUGCAAUGGGAGAGUUUGCUUUCUUAGUCCUCAUCGCUGCCUUUGACUGCAUAGACGACACCAAGCUAGUGAAGCAGGCCGUCCUAUCAGAGAUUCUUGCUUCCCUGCCUGAUGUCAUCACUAAUAAGAAUGGAAAGAAAGUUCUGCUGUACCUGCUCAGCCCGCGAGACCCUGCCCACCUGUUACCUGAAAUCAUCCAGGUGCUGGAGAAGGGGGACGGAAACGCCCACAGCAAGAAGGAUGUUGCCCUUCGCCGGAAGGAGCUCCUGGAGGCGGUGUCUCCGCACCUCAUUCAGCACCUGUGUGACCACGCCCGCACCAUGGCAAUGGACAAGGCCUCCAGCGUCACCGUCAGCGACAUUCUGGGGUCCGCCAUUGGGGACCUGCAUCCUGCCAUGGAGGCUGUGGCUGAGCUGGCUGCUGACGACUUCACACCAGGAGGAGUGGCGGGGCAGCUGCACAUGGCUGAACACCCUGCUGGGCACCUGGUGCUCAAAUGGCUGAUUGAACAAGACACCAAGAUGAAGGAGGUUGGGAGAGAAGAGCGUUUCUCCAGGGUCCUGUUGGACAAGGUGGGGAUGGACAAGCUAAAGACGUGGGCUGCAGUGAACCGUGGGGCUAUCGUGCUCUGCUCUCUCCUGAACAGUGCGGAUGAGACUGUUGCAGAGGAGGUCAGGGAGGCAUUGAAGGCCUACACUCCAGAACUACAGAAGAUCCAGAACUGUAAAGGAGUGGAAGUUCUUUUGGAGAAACUGGCCUGAUACAUCUUUCAUGAUGUCUAUCCUCAGAGACAGUCCACCCACUUACUCGUGAUUUCUCACCAACUGGAGUAACAGGUUUUCAUUACUUCACUGGGGGUUUAUGUCGUUUUCUCAUAACUAUCCAUACUGUCCACCCAGUCCAUUGACCUGACCAUCCUGGUGAAAUAGUGUGACGAGGGAAGAACAGAGGAUACUUAUUUGUACUGCAUUUCUUUUGUCCAAAUAAUUCCGAUAUGCUUGUUUGUAAUGCUGUGGUGCAAGUAUUUUAAAGGUAAAAGAUACCCACAUACUGGCAGACAGUGAGUUUGUAUAAUUUGUAACUGACCUGUAUUUUUGUGUUGUGCUAGCUGACUGCGGCGCUGGAAUAAACAGAAAUGUUGGUUGGAACACUA